AUGAGCGGUGAGAACCGGCCCCGCAACGCGGGGCCCCAGCGCGGCCGAGCGACCCAAGGCAAGUCCGCUUCCGCCCCCAGCCCACAUGGCCGCGGCCGCCCGCGCCCCUACCCAGCGUGCGCCCCGCGCGGCCGGGGUCCGGUGGGGCCCCAGAUCCCCCGGAGGAGAGAGGGGGCGGCGGCGCUUCAGACUGUGGGGAGGAGGAAGCGCGACCGGCGCGGCCGCGGGGGGAAGAGGAGGAGAGCGGUUGUGCGAUCAGAUCGAUCUAAGAUGGCGACUGUGGAACCGGAAACCACCCCUACUCCUAAUCCCCCACCUACAGAAGAAGAGAAAACAGAAUCUAAUCAGGAGGUUGCUAACCCAGAACACUAUAUUAAACAUCCUUUACAGAACAGAUGGGCACUCUGGUUUUUUAAAAAUGAUAAAAGCAAAACUUGGCAAGCAAACCUUCGGCUGAUCUCUAAGUUUGAUACUGUUGAAGACUUUUGGGCUCUGUACAACCAUAUCCAGUUGUCUAGUAAUUUAAUGCCUGGCUGUGACUACUCACUUUUUAAGGAUGGUAUUGAGCCUAUGUGGGAAGAUGAGAAAAACAAACGAGGAGGACGAUGGCUAAUUACAUUGAACAAACAGCAGAGACGAAGUGACCUCGAUCGCUUUUGGCUAGAGACACUGCUGUGCCUUAUUGGAGAAUCUUUUGAUGACUACAGUGAUGAUGUAUGUGGAGCUGUGGUUAAUGUUAGAGCUAAAGGUGAUAAAAUAGCAAUAUGGACUACUGAAUGUGAAAACAGAGAAGCUGUUACACAUAUAGGGAGGGUAUACAAGGAAAGGUUAGGACUUCCUCCAAAGAUAGUGAUUGGUUAUCAGUCCCAUGCAGACACAGCUACUAAGAGCGGCUCCACCACUAAAAAUAGGUUUGUUGUUUAAGAAGACACCUUCUGAGUGUUCUCAUAGGAGACUGCGUCAAGCAAUCGAGAUUUGGGAGCUGAACCAAAGCCUCUUCAAAAGCAGAGUGGACUGCAUUUAAAUUUGAUUUCCAUCUAAAUGUUGCUAAGAUAUAAGAGAAGUCUCAUUCGCCUUUGUCUUGUACUUCUGUGUUCAUAUUUUUUUUUAAUUUUGGCUAGAGUGUCCACUAUCCCAAUCAAAGAAUUACAGUACACAUCGUCCCCAGAAUCCAUAAAUGUGUUCCUGGCCCACUCUGUAAUAGCUUAAAAGAAUUAACGAUUACAAACACACUUGACCCAUCUACAAUAUUAAAGAAAAGAAUUUGCAUUUCUAUACCUUACAAGAGAACGAUCCUGUUUAUGUUCCAUUGUAUGCAGGAGCAUAUUUUGCUGGUUUGAAAGAGUAUGAUGCAUACAGUUUUCUAACAAUUUUCUUUGUUUCUUUUUACAGCAUUGUCUGUGCUGUACUCUUGCUGAUGGCUGCUAGAUUUUAAUUUAUUUGUUUCCCUACUUGAUAACAUUAGUGAUUCUGAUUUCAGUUUUUCAUUUGUUUUGCUUUUGUUUUUUUCCUCAUGUAACAUUGGUGAAGGAUCCAGGAAUAUGACACAAAGGUGGAAUAAACAUUAAUUUUGUGCAUUCUUUGGUAAUUUUUUUGUUUUUUUGGUAACUACAAAGCUUUGCUACAGAUUUAUGCAUUUCAUUCAAAUCAGUGAUCUAUGUUUGUGUGAUUUCCUAAACAUAAUUGUGGAUUAUAAAAAAUGUAACAUCAUAAUUACAUUCCUAAUUAGAAUUAGUAUGUCUGUUUUUGUAUCUUUAUGCUGUAUUUUAACACUUUGUUAUACUUAGGUUAUUUUGCUUUGGUUAAAAAAUGGCUCAAGUAGAAAAGCGGUCCCAUUCAUAUUAAGACAGUGUACAAAACUGUAAAUAAAAUGUGUACAGUGAAUUGUCUUUUAGACAACUAGAUUUGUCCUUCCUUUUAUUUCUCCAUCUCUAUAGAAGGAAUUUGUACUUCUUAUUGCAAGGCAGUCUCUAUGGUGUCUUCUCUUGUAGUGUCUUCCACGUGAAUAGCGUAAGUUUGGAGCAUUAGUUUGAUUAUUAUGUUUAUUUUAAUUUUUAAUAAAUUGAAUAGGUAGCAUCAUAUAUAUAUGGAAUUAAAUUGAUGUGGCUAUCUUUUUUUUUUUUUUUUAAAUAAAGUAAGAGGCACAGUCCUUCAGUCUUAGGUAAAUAAUGUACUCUUAAUAUGUUAAAACUCAUGAGAAUUGCGACCUUGGUGCAUCACCAUUUGAUUGAUAGGAAUAGCAGUUGUAAAACUUGAUUGCUGAAUUGAGACGUUAUUUUUCAAGUGUCCAAAUGGCACCAUAGGGAAAGAGUUACAGGUGGUGGGGAGCGUAUGCAUUAAGAAUUUUGUUAGUGUUGCUGUCUAAAUAGAAUUAUAAUAAACAGGUUAUGAACGCUUGUAUUUAUAAUGAUGAAUUGGUGUAGUAUAGAUUUAUGUAAACUUGAAAACUUGAUCUACUCUUUAUAGGCAUCAUUUGAAAGCAAAUUUGAAAACAGUUUGUUUAUAAUAAUUGUAUAUUUCAGAUCCCGUAAAAUGAAAUAUGUGGCUAUAUUGUAGACAAAAGGGUAAGUUGAACUGUAGGUAGAAUGAGAACCAUUAAUUGAGAGGAAACUUUGUCUUUAGAUGGUGAUUAUGAAUUAAUCA